GAGCAGCCGAGGCGAGCGUGUGGCCGCUUGUGGGCAGGAGCCGUCGGUGCCAGCACUCAAGAUGGUGCCUGGCUGGGGCUUCGCAGGGGAGGAGAGGAGGGGGCGGCCCCGACGCGCCUCGCCAGCCGCGGCAACGUCAGGCAGCGGCUGGUGAUUUGCUAGCAGCGCCGCCGAGCCCAGCUAGAGAGGGUGAGAGCGGGCGCUGCGAACUCGCGUGCCGCGCCGGCGAUGCUGCUCCUCCGCCCGCCACUGCCGCCGCCUCCUGCCGCCGCCGCCGCCGCCGCUUCUUUAGAAGCCCGCCACAGUUCCGCGGGGCAGAGCAGCCCGUUAACCGGCCCACGAGGAAGCCAGGCCAGCUCGGGACAGCACAGUGGAAAGACUCCCUAAUGCCUAGAUUCCGGGAGUGUUAUGGAUUUGACUAAGAUGGGUAUGAUACAGCUGCAGAACCCCAGCCACGCCACGGGGCUCCUGCAGAAAGCCAACCAGAUGCGCCUGGCGGGGACCUUGUGUGACGUGGUUAUCCUGGUGGACAGCCAAGAAUUUCACGCCCAUCGGACAGUGCUGGCUUGCACGAGCAAAAUGUUCGAAAUACUGUUCCACCGCAACAGUCAGCAUUACACCUUGGACUUUCUCUCGCCAAAGACAUUCCAGCAGAUCCUGGAAUACGCCUACACUGCUACCUUGCAGGCUAAAGUAGAAGAUCUGGAUGACCUUCUCUAUGCUGCUGAGAUCCUUGAGAUUGAGUACCUGGAGGAGCAGUGCUUGAAGAUCUUGGAGACUAUUCAGGCAUCAGAUGACAAUGACGCCGAAGUCAACAUGGCUGACGGCAGCACUGAAGAAGACGAAGACCGGAAGUCAAAAUAUGUUAAAAAUAUACUCAUCUCCAAGCAUUCCAGUGAAGAGAGUGGCUACUCCAGCUUGGCUGGCCAGAGUCUAACAGGGACAAUGGUAGAACAGAGCCCCUCCGUCUCCACCUCCUUUGGACUCUCAGCCAUGAGCCCCACUAAGGCUGCUGUCGAUAGCUUGAUGACCAUCGGUCAGUCAUUACUGCAAGGGGCCUUGCAGCACAACACCCCUGAGGACUUGCCCUCUGCUGGUGGCCGCCACCCAAGCAUGUCCGAAGUGAAAACGGAAGCAAUGCAGGUCGAGGAGGCCUCCAGCCACGAGAGCCCGAGGACGGCUGACUUGAGCACUUCCACAGGGGACAAAAGUGAGGACAAAAGCAAGCAAGGGCCUGGCACCCCGACACGCAGCAGUGUCAUCACAAGUGCCCGCGAACUCCACUACCCCCGUGAUGAGAAUGCUGAGCAGUCUGCUGAGGUGGUCCAAGGUAUACCGGUUGGGCCAGACCUCAUGGUUUCCCAUGGUGAGAAGCCAAUGGGCAUCUAUUCAGUGCUGCCAAAUCACAAAAGUGACUCCAUGCUUAGCAUCCCGUCCUCCAUUGCGCCUGCGCUGCAUGUACAGCCAGCCCUUGCGGUGUCCAUGGACUUCAGCGCCUAUGGGGGACUCCUUCCACAAGGCUUCAUCCAGAGAGAGCUCUUCAGCAAGCUCGGGGAACUGGCCGUGGGUAUAAAAACGGAAAACCGAGCCCUUGGCGAACAGUGCAGCGUCUGUGGGGCAGAACUUCCGGACAACGACACGGUGGAGCAGCACAGGAAACUGCACAGUGGAAUGAAGACAUAUGGGUGUGAAUUGUGCGGGAAAAGGUUCCUUGACAGCCUGCGCCUCCGGAUGCACUUAUUGGCUCAUUCCGCAGGUGCCAAAGCCUUUGUCUGUGAUCACUGUGGUGCCCAGUUCUCUAAAGAAGAUGCUCUGGUGACUCACAGGCAGACACACACUGGCUCCGACAUGGCCGUCUUCUGCCUGCUCUGUGGGAAACGAUUCCAGACACAGACAGCUCUGCAGCAGCACAUGGAGGUGCACGCCGGCGUGCGUAGCUACAUUUGCAGUGAGUGCAACCGCACCUUUCCCAGCCACACAGCCCUCAAGAGGCACCUGCGAUCCCACACAGGUGACCACCCGUAUGAGUGUGAGUUUUGCGGCAGCUGCUUCCGGGACGAGAGCACUUUGAAGGGCCACAAGCGGAUCCACACCGGAGAGAAGCCCUACGAAUGCAACGGCUGCGGCAAGAAGUUCAGCCUCAAGCAUCAGCUGGAGACCCACUACAGGGUUCACACAGGCGAGAAGCCUUUUGAGUGUAAGCUCUGCCACCAGCGGUCCCGAGACUACUCUGCCAUGAUCAAGCACCUCAGGACCCACAAUGGAGCCUCCCCGUAUCAGUGCACCAUCUGCCUGGAAUAUUGCCCGAGUCUUUCUGCCAUGCAGAAGCACAUGAAGGGGCACAAGCCAGAAGAGAUCCCCGCCGACUGGAGGAUAGAGAAGACCUAUCUGUACCUUUGCUAUGUCUAACGGGACAAGAGGAGGGAGGAAGUUGGGAAGGACUGGGCAAAGCCAAACUCCUGGAAGGUCUCUAGCCUCCCUUCUCUUCUUCUUUUCAUUCGUUUUUCUUUUUGCUUCCCCCCUGUUUCUGUUUCUGCCCAACUAGGAUUUGCUGGUUGUCUCCUUUCCAGCUUGCAAGGGUCCUUGCUUCAACUGCAGCAGGAAUAAGAGAGGAAGAGGAGCAAAACUCUUUGGAGCACCCCGGCCAAAAUGCAGCCCUAACCACAUGUUCAGUUGUCUCAUGAGUGUUUCCAUGUCUCCAUGCGCCUCAGGGCCUUAGAAGGGGUUUGAUGCAGCCUCCGCCUCCUGGUGGCAGGGCUGUAGGAGUCCACUGAGGCCUCAUUCAUGCUGUAAACUGAAACCAGGUCAUCGCCUUGCAUUGCUGUCAUGGCUUCCCCCAAAGAACCUUGGGAAUUGUAGUUUUACAAGGCUGCUGAGGAUUCCCUGUUAGGUAUCUUGUGCCCUUGUUCAGAUGUAGAUCCACAGCACCCCACGAUCCUUCGGGAGAGGGAUGGCCCUUGGAACAGGCUUCAGUUUACAGUGUAGACAUUCCCUGACAGCUGCUCUUCCCCUUCUUUCCCCUGCCUGUCCCUUUGGCAGGUAACCCAACUGCCCAAUCCAAUCUUGGGGUGGGAGUCUUUGGGGGGCUGGGAAGGCACCAGUGGUAGUGUGCAAUCAGAACUGUGGGGCACAGAAGGUGCUGGGGUGAAAGAGAAUGUGGAGCAUUGUGUCCUGACUCCUGAACAAAGGAUCUUGACAGGCGCUCUUCCUAGAGUUCAUGGUGCAUUUGCUGUGGGGUAGAGAGAGUGCAGAAUGUUUGGGGCUACCCUUAGCCAAUGGGGGAGGGGACUGAAGGCUGUGCUUCCCAGACUACAAGGGGAAGAGGACAAUUGAAGCACUGAUGUCUUGACAUCACAUCGUCUUAUUUUACCCCAUAGACACCCCUCCCUGUGCUUCCAGUUUUGGCCUAAGGCUUGUGCCACAGCUGUGCUACUAGGCGAAAUCUGGUUUCCCAACAGAGCCUGACCGAGGGCAAGCUGAGUUUACAAGACCACACAUCUCACCUGUAGACCCUUCCUUCUAGCCCACAAACCUUUCUCCUGACCAAAGACCAUUCUAUGCAUUUUUUAACUUUUUAAUUUUAAUUUUUUUUAGUGAGGGUGGGAGAGAGUGUUGGGUGAGAGAGAAACCAGAUAGAAACAGCAUAACUUUGCACAUUUGCUAAUAUGAGUGGUCAUCCUUCUUGCAGGAAGGGGUGCAGUUACUUUUCAGCUCCUCCUAGUUAAUAGGAGAUGCAGCAGAGGCCUCUGAGAGCUUCUGGCACUCUGCUCUAAUGAGCUGGGGAGGCAGCCGAUUGCAUAUAGGGGUUUCAAGAGUUUCCCCAUUUCCUUCCAUGGAGGGGUGAGGUCCUUGCUCGUGUUCCUUUGUGUGCAUGGAGCCAGCCUCACCACUGAACUGAAAGAGGCGACUGACAUAAGCUGGAGGUCCAUUUGCAGUCUUUGAGACCUUGAGACAGGCCAGGGCCAGAUGUGUGGCAGCUAUCCAGCCAGUGACCCAUAAAAACUGCAAUGGAGCACUCUGCUUUUUGCAGAUUCAUGCUUUCCAUAGCUAGUAAUGGUGCCCGGGUGUGGCACAUGGUUUGUUGAAUUGGGACAGUGAUGUGCUGCAAUGCACAGGGCUCUUUGUAGCCAGCCGCUCUGGUAGCAUUGUCACAUCGCCAUGGGUCAUCCUUCCUAGGGCUGAUUGGGCAUCGCACACGCACGCUUUCCCCAAACAAGUCUGCUCCCCCACCCCAGUGCCAGCCCUCACAUCAUCUGCACAACUGCAGAGCCAGGGAGGCAAGGGUGGUUUGCCUAAGGCAGGGACGAGGACAGUUUGCAGUAGUCCGCAGAUAGAUCUCCCAUCCUGGUAGGUCCAGCCAAAGGCUGAAAGACACAGAUGGGCCUGCUGUGUCUUCUGGCAGGUUUCUACUUCCCCUCCUGGCUCCAUCGGAGAGGACUUAGCUUGGGCUUAUUUUAGCCACUUUGAGGGGCAUCAAGGAAGGGCGGGCCAAGUGGGAAUCAAUUGUCCCACUGGUUGCCUGCCAUCAUCUUAGAGCAGGGAGGGGGAGCCUGUGGCCCUCCAGACGUUGCUGAACUACAACUCCCAGCAGCCUGCAGGGCCAACAGCAAGAGACGAUGUCAGCAACAUCAAGAGCGCCACAGGUUAGCCACCCAUGGCUUAGAGGCAGGGGAAAAUCCUGCCCUGCACGCACACAGGCAAAAGUAGCAGGAAUGCAGAUGUGCCCCUAGGCCCUUGGGUGCUGCCCACCCUCUCUUUUUCUGAUGUGUGUAGUUCUUUCCCUUCCCAUGCACACCUCUUUUUGCAAGCUGGUGGCGCUCUUCAUUUUUCUUUGCCCCUCUCGUCUUGAUGUUAAGCACCCCUUCUGUAGGUGAGACUCUUCUUCCUCUACCCUCUGCCCACUCCCACGCACCCACCCGUGCCAGCUGGUGGCUCCAAUGUCAGUGAGGCAGUGAAUGUGCUCCGGGUUUUAGUCUGAACUUCCAAGGAGCUGUGGACAGCUCCUUGAAAGUUUGGACUAAAACCUGGAGUGGAUUCCACUGCCCCACAGACAUGGAGCCACCAGCCUCCAUGGCCACCCAUCCAUCCUGGCAGUGGCUUUUGAAACCUGCCGCCCGCCUGAUCUGUCUGCCCAGUCCUCUGCCUGUGAAGGAGUUGAGCGAUAAAGGGUUUCUGUUGCUUUUCUUUGCGUUUGCUCUCUUAAUUUUAUGAUAUGUUUAAUGAUUUCUGCCUUUAGCACAUUGUACUUGAAAUUACCUCGGUUUCUUGUGACCUCAUGAGCUUGUUUGCAUUGGCAUUUUUUUGGGGGGGGUGCAGGGAGAUGUGUUUUUGGUUGAUUGUUGAAAAGGCCAUAUCGCAGGGCCUACAGAGAGAGUAUUUGUGCAAAGCGCCAAAGUGCCACAGCACAGCCACAAAAGCAGCGUGGCCGUCAGUUCCCACGUCAGCCUUAUGUUUUAUUUUAUUUUUAUUUGUUUCUAUCCUGUAUUAUUAUUACCAAAAUUGGUGUUUUGUUUUAAUGGCCCACCUGAUGGAAAGUGGGCUGUAUGAUCUUGAAAGCUACCUCUUUUAAGUUGUUGGGGUUUGGGGGGGACUGCAGUAACGGAAGCACAUUUUUGCAAUAUUUGUGGGGGGUUGUUAGAUUGGUGUUUUUUUUUGCAUUGUGAUGUUCAUUUCAAUUUUCAUCUCAUGCUUUAUAUUUUGCAAGUGUAAAUUUUAUUUUGUAAUUUAGCUUCAUUUAUAUAUGGGUGGGGGAGGUCUUAGGGAAGCAUUGUGUAGAUAGAAGAAAAGGGAAUUGUGAAGAGGGGGGUCUUUGUACUGCUGCCCAGUCCUCCUCCACACUGAUGUUGUCUCAACUGUUGGUAAAUACUAAAGGCCUUAAACUUGGGGGGGGGAGGAGAGAAAGAGUAUAUGUCAUUGUAACAGUUGAGAGAGUUGACAAUUUAGUGAAAAGUUAGCAAUUUGGUAAAGGAAAAAAAAGAACAGUUAAACUUGAAUAUGUGAGUAGCUAAGUAGAGUUUUGUUUAUAAUGUGAAAAAAUUAUGACGUCAUUUAAGGCAGACCCUUUAAAGGAAAUAUGCAGUAAAUGUCCCAAUGUCACAUUUGCCAGAGAUGGCCACAAGGUUGUACCUAUGUGCUCCCAACAUUGUUGGGUUAUUGAUGGUUGUUGUUGUUCUUGUUUUAUGAAUGGUUGCUCGCUCGAGGAGCCUUUCCCCCUCUUUGCCCCUCCACCCCACCAAAAAAGUGUUGGACUGAUACAUUAUUGGCAAAGUGGAAUAUUUUUGUAGCAAUUGUUAAUCCCCAUGUCAGUUUUCAGCAGGAUGUUUUCUCCCCUCCCCUGCUUCCCCUCCUUUUGUAAUGUGAACAGGAAUCAGUGGGUGUGCCUGUGCGUGUGGGCGUCUGCGUGCGUGUGAAUCCUCGAAUUAAAUAAUAGCAGUAUUGUUGCAAUCUAGCAUCGCCACAUAGGGUAGUACUGAAUCAGGGUGAAAUCACAGCUUCCAAGCACACAUGGGGAAAUGCAUCUAACUAUCUGGGUACCCUUUGUGUGGGCUCUUCCUGCAUCCAGGAACAUGGGCUUGAGGUUGGGAGGGGGCAAUACUUCCUUGCAGAAUUGCACGUCUGCACUGCAGGAAGACGCAGUUUCUCCCUGAGCUUUUUGGAAGAAGUCUGCUUCUGCCACAUUGUGAAUGUUGAUGGGAACCUGGGUGAGGUUGUGUUUGAUCUGUGGCAGUGUGGUGAAGGCAUGGAAUCCAGAAGACGGAGCCACUGGUUUGACCUAAAAGUUGGGACUGUUCAAACCAGAUCUGAAUUUAGACGGGAAAUGGAGUCCCCAGCUUUCAAGUACUGGCAAUUUUUACGAGGCAGUCUGUGAGGUUGCCUGUUCACUGCGUUCCAUUUGCCACACAAAUAACACCCACUUGAAGACCCCAUUUUGAGUACUCUUUAUGAUACUGAGUUGCAAAUGCCUUACAGAAUUUUCUUCAAACUUUACCCAUUCACAAUAUGCAAAUCUCCAACUCUGGCUAGUUCACAAAACGCUUUUAUUUGCUGCACAGAAUCCCCCUGCAAGUAUAUAUUCCUACCUGUCUGUGAUUGUUGCUUUGGGAAUAAACUUCAAAAACUGAAAGCAUUUAAGAUGUAUUGUAUACAUACAUGUGUGAGUGUGUGUUUUGUGCACGUCUGUGUGUGAGAGAAAUAUAACUUUUUAUUUCUUCUUCGCUGCUUUGUAGUGGGGAGCAAGACUGGCGCUGUUUUAGUACAAUCCCCAACACACCUUUGGAAAUUGGCUUGUUUUAUCUUUGUGCCUGAAAAAGAGGGUAGGGUUUGUUUGUUUCUUCAUAUUUGAAAGAGGGGGAAAUGCUACAGUGGUCCCUCAGUUAUGUGGUACCUUGGGGAAAUGGGUUGGACUGUCUUGCUAAGGGAUGCCAUGGUAUUGUAUCAUCCUUAAUUUGAGCAAUUUUUUUCAACCUCACCUACAAUUCAGAGCUCCUGGCAUGCUGUAGGUUUUAGAACUUUAAACCCUGAAGUUGCUUCUUCUUGUCCUGGAAUGCCAUUACAUUAAAGAACUUGCUCGGUUGUGCUAAAAAAGACAGCCAAUGGCUCCAUGUCAGUGGGGCAGUGGAAUCCACUCCGGGUUUAGGUCCAGACUUUCACGGAGCUGUCCAAAGUGCUGAAGCACCUCUGUCAAAGGAAGGGUUGUGGUCAGCCAGCUUUUCCAUUUGUUUUCACUCCAGUUGCCCCACAAUUAUUCUGGCACAUAUACCCGCCAGACCCUUUUUUCUGAAGCUUCCUGUUCUGUUGCACUGCGAGGUUCCUUUGCUCAGUAGCUCACCAAGUUGUGUUGUGGGGCAGGGAAAGGAAGAGAAUCCAAGGUUUCCUCGGGCCUGGAACCUCCCGAAGCCACCUUUGCUCCCCUGCUACCAUGACGUCCUUUGGCCCUUGGGUGCCAGCAUCUGGGAGUGUGUCUCGGUAUUUGUUUUACAUGGUGUUAAAAGUAUGCAUGAUCUUUUGAGGCUAAGAAGCCAUGCUAAGUCUCCACGACAUUUAUGUUCAUAAAUAUAUAUAUAUAAAUAUAUAUUAUAGCACUGAGGACCAAUUUUGUCCUUCUGGACCAAGCAAAUUUAAAGCUUAUUAUUAAUUUUGUUUUUGUUUCUGCUUGUCUCUUAACGUUGUGACAGCACAAGUGCCAGUUUGAUUGCUUCGUAUUAAAAAAAAAUAGUGUUUUUAAUUGCUGUCCUGGCUCUGUCUACCUCAGCACCUCCUGUUAGCCUAACUUUAGAAGGUGCCUGUUUUUUUUUGGUUGUUGUUCUAUGCCGUUGUUAUGUUUCAAUUUGAGGGACUCCCCCCCAUUAUGUAUUUUUCCCCUGUACAAAAUACUCUUCUGUUAGUUUCUUUGCAGUGCUGCUUGUGAGUCUUGUUAUGUGUUUCUCUAGAGUCACAGAUGCAGUUAGCUUCAAGAUAAGACACACACGUACACAGACACACACAUGACAUAAAUCAGAUUCCCCACCCCUGAAAAAUCAUGAUGUCCCCCACUACUAGUUGCUGUUCUCCACCUCUGCAUCUGUUCUGUGUCGGGUGCAGGUGUGGUCCUUUGUAAACCUUCAGUGUUUCUGGCGAGGAAAAAAAAAAGGUUAAAAAAAAUAAAGAAUUUACUGCUGCAGGUUUUUUUUCUCUCCAUUUGUCACUAAGUGAAGUUUGUGCCUUCUAUAGCAAAGAGAAUAUUUUUUACAUCCUACUAACAGUAGAUUUUUUUGUAGUGGACAUUUUUUGUAUUUUUAUUUAUAAGUCUCAUAAGGAAAAUAGCAAUGUUCAGUU